CUCAAGAUUUCCUUCUCACCUUGUUCGUGGAGUGCAGAAGGGUCAAAAUUCAUGGGAUUUCUAGGAACCAUCGCCUGGUUUCGCAAUACACUUAUUGGCCCAGGCGUGAUGCUGCUGUAUCCUCUGUAAGCUUUCGAUCGAUGACCCCAGCAUUUAUACGCAUCAAUGCGUGCAAUUGAGAGCCCUUCUCCGCUAGAUGACCAACAAUGGCUGACAUAUUGGAUGCUGUAUUCGUUAAUCACCCUUUUUGAACUCUCCUGCUGGAAAGUUCUCCAAUGGUUUCCGCUUUGGCCUUAUAUGAAGCUUGUAUUCUGCUUGUGGCUGGUGCUACCAAUCUUCAAUGGAGCUGCCUACAUCUAUGAAAAUUGUGUGAGGAGGUAUGUCAAGAUCGGGAAUUUUGUGGGAUCGAGGUACCCAGAAGAACAGAAGAGAGUGCUGCAGAUGUUGAGCCUUGAUGCUAGAAAAUCGGUGGAGCGAUACAUUGAGAAAUAUGGACCAGAAGGUUUCGACAGGGUCGUCCAAGCGGCCAGCAAGGAGGCCAAGAAACGCUGAUGAUAGAGAAGGAUGCUCUCCCACUUCAACGUUCCUUUGUCAGCAUAAGAGAAUACCGUUAUGUAUGGUGAAGCUAUGAUAGUGUGACAAAAUUAUAGGGUGUCAAAACAACCAGUUGUAAUGAAAUACGGCUAGUUUAAGAAUCUGUAAAUAAGAUCUGAGGUUGUGAUUGUGCAUUAAGAAUGCGUCGAUCAGGUUGUUUAUUUCGAUAUAUCGAUAAAGAUUUAAAAAGAAAAUCAAGCAACUAUCUUUCCA